UUGGAAUAGCAAGAUAAAAGUAAAUCUGCGGAGAGACAUCAAAACAGAGGAAACGCAAAAAUCAACUGAAAAACAAAUGUAAUUUGAUAAUAAUGGAUACACAACAGCAAGAAAACCAAACGAAUUACAAAAUCAAAUGUGACAGCGAUAAGUGUCGGAAAAUUAAGAGAUUCGUAAUUAUCGCAUUACUUAUCACCAUUGGCAUUCUGAGCUGGCAUUUCUACGAAUAUUUCCAUAGUAAGCCGUUGCCCAAAACGCCAGAUGAUGUGCUGACCUUGUCCCAAGCACUUUUUGUCGAAGAAACAGCAGCCAGUCCGUAUCUAUACAAUGUAAAUCUCCAGGUCAAGACGAGAGCUGGCGCACAUGAUGAUCGGGCACCCCACCCUCUCUUUGAACUGCAUUCCGAUUUGCUAACUAGGGAUUCCAACUCCACAACAGCUCUGUUGAUGCGGCUCUUCAACAACUACGAACUGGAUGUUGCGGUGCCGGAUCAGGUUACGGCCGAACAUGAGCAGGAGCAGCUGGAUUUUCUGCGAGCCGUCAUGAGCACACGCGUCAUGAAAAUCUCUAUGCGUUUUCUGGUGAAAAGAGGCAUUGUCAGCAGCGACUAUGAAGAACAGCUUAAGUUACUGCAGGAGCUGUGGUUUACUCCGUACUCCAGAGGAAAAGGUAUUGUGGGCAGCUCCAGCUUCGAGCACGUCUUCAUGGCAGAACUUCGGGAUCAAAAGGUGCUUGGCAUGCACAAUUGGCUAUACUUCGCCGAGCAGGAGCAGCAGGGUCACGUAAACUACAAGGGCUGGUUGAAUCGAUUUGACACGGGAAGGCAUAAUCAAUUUGCGUUGGCUUUUCGCAUGAGCUUCUUUGGAAUAGAAAAGUCCUUCAAUGGCUUUCUUGUGGGCACUUCGCCAGAGCUGGAAAUGAGUCUGUAUACAGUAUGCUUUUUAGCCACAGCAGAGAAGGAACCUUGCGAAAUACAGCUGGGCACGGCCAAGUUGUCCAUUGUGUCGCAUGUCUGGGACUGGAAGGGCAAGCGACUGAUAGCUUCAACAUAUGUUGAGUUUCCAUAAGUGCAACUGAGUCUUGGGAUAUACAUACCACAAAUUCUAGUAUUCUAUAGUCAAGUAAACUUCAUUUAGCGCAGGGAACUCUAAUUAUUAAUAUUUAAAUCAGGAUAUGCAUACUUUAAAGUGUGUAUCAAUUUGUAAUAAUUGUGCAUUUUGUAGCAGCAAUCGUUCAUAAUAUUCCGCGUGAAAAACUUGCACGUUUUGUACUUAUUAUAUUGUAUUUUCUCAUUGGAAGAUGGAUAGAUUCGGUAUAACUGUACUUAAAGUAAAAUCCUGUUAAUGUGUAAAUAUGAAGGUCUUUUUCGGACAGGUAAUUGGCGACUGGUGACGCCUAAAGUGCGUGCCAACGUCAAUUUCUGCGCCUGUCAGUCAUGGGCUUCCUGCUAGCCAAACAGCUCAGUUUAAUUGUUUUGACAGCUUCGUAUGGUAUUAAGACGUUCCCUGUUAUAUCUACCCAGUUGUUUAUUAGUUUUAACGUUUAUGUUUAUUGACUGUGUGCAGAAAUAUCUGCUCACCUUAAAUGGCACUUUUGACAUUGAAGCAAAGUGCUUUAUAGACGCGAAAAGGUUAUCAGAAUCGAACAAAAGUAAUUUGCAGGCUUUAAUAUUAAAUUGUUAAGAAUUAUUAAUAUCGCUUUCAUUGGCACGCACUUUUCAUUAUGAAGGAAUAUAAAUUUGAACCUAUUUAUUACUUAUUCAAUUUUUGUCACGCAUUACAAAAUCUAUGGAUCGUAGUCCAUUUUUGGUUGAAUCCAACAAAUAAAUAAGUAAUUCAUAUAAAUAUAUAAUCCUCAGAUGCUUUUUAAAUGCUUCGUUAAAAAGCGAAAUAAAUUUUAAAAAUUACAAACUA